AUGGCAACCGAAGACAAAACCGAGACUCAGGGCAUCGAGCACCAAGAGAUCAUCGGUGAUGUUGCAACCCAAGCAAUGAAAACCACGGCAGAGGCCGCUGCUCAGGGCCAGGGGACGACCGGGUAUGAAUCGCUGUCGAUCUGGGAAACGGUCAAAACGUUCAAGAUGAACGCAUUCAUCUGUUUCCUCGUUACGUUCAGUGCAGCAACGGAUGGGUACCAGAUCGCGCUUAUCGGAAACAUCAUCGCGAACACUGGCUUUGUCCAGAAGUUUGGAACAGACACCAACGCCGACGGCGAGGCGGUCCUUGCCUCGUCGAUUCUAAGCGCGUGGACGUCGAUUGGGUCUGUAGGGCAGAUCAUUGGUAUGACAACCUUGCCAUUCUUGUCGGAUCGCUUCGGACGGAAGGCCGCCAUGUUCUGGUACUGGUUCCUGCUCGCUCUAAGUGUAACCGUCGAGAGCGUUGCAACGAAUUGGAAGUCCUGGCUCGUUGCAAAGCUGCUUGGCGGCAUCGGUGUUGGAUGCCUGCAAUCGACAAUCCCCACAUACGUGUCCGAAGUCGCACCAGUGAGGAUUCGUGGUGCAUUCCUCAUGUGCUAUAGUCUCUGGUGGCUUAUCGGGCAGUUCUUUGCGCCUGUUGCGCUGCAGGUGAUGUCGACCUAUGAUCCGGACAAUUAUCUCACGCCCGUGUAUACACAGUGGUCUCAGAUCGGCCUCAUGCUGAUCAUCUACCUUGUUAUCCCGGAAUCCCCCGCAUGGUGUGCGACCAAGGGCGGAGCCAAAGAGGCGCAGGCGAAGAAGGUCCUCCGGCUUCUGUACAAGGGCGUUCCGGAUUUCAACAUCGACCAUCACUACCAGUUGCUCGUGCUGAACAUCGAACAUGAACGCGCGAUUGCUGCGGAACAGCGCAAUGAAAAGUGGUACGCUAUCUUCAAGGGUACCGACGGUCUACGAACAUUGGUGUCCCUAUGGACACUCAUGGCCCAGCAGUUCCUCGGUCUUGGAGUCUUCUUAACCUUUGGAAGUUAUUUCUUCCAGCAAGCUGGCAUCGAGGAUCCAUUCAAGGUUACCUGCAUCACCUCGGGCAUUAAUAUUUUCUUUAGCUUCGUGGUGAUAUACCUGGCGGAAACUAUCGGACGGCGAUGGCUGGCCUGCUCGGGGACCACACUGUGCUGGGUGUGUAAUAUGGCAGUGGGCAUUCUGGGCGUGGUACCCCAGGGGAAAGUCACGAAUAGUCUUCUCAUUUUCUUUGCAUGCUUGUGGAACGUCGGACUCGUGGCAAACGGGGCCACUGGAUGGGGGUUUAUUGGAGAAAUCUCCGCACAGCGCCUGCGGCCAUACACGGCUGGAUUUGCCGCGGCAUCUACGUGUGUCGUCGGCGUCCUAUUCGGCGUCUUGGUUCCCUACAUGGUGAAUGCGAACCAGUGGAAUUGGGGCCUCAAGACGUGCUGGUUGUUUGCAGGACUGGGUUCAUUUUUCACUGUCGCCAUGUGGUUCUUGAUUCCCGAGACAGCAGGGCGUUCGGCCGCGGAGCUCGACGAACUUUUCGAGCGCAAGGUGAAGCCAUGGCGAUUCCACAAGGAAACGACCAUGACCCAGCGCCUGGUGGAGGAGAAGGCCCACGCGUAGAAGAUUCCUGGAGAACAGAGCGUCCAGAGUGGAGUGUGUAUAAACACCCCGACGCAUCUGCCUGGCACUUGAUAAGCAUGUCAAAGCUGAGUUGGAUAAGGGCGCAGGGCCUCGGGGCGAGUAGCCAAUCGCAAGCGUACCAGAGACUCUGGGGAAGCGAAAAAUCAUUGAUUGGCUCGAACACUUAAACUCAAAGCACAUGGAUCCGUAGUCUAGGUAGUCGAAUA